UUUCCCAUUCUUCGACGUAUCAUCUGUUUUGCUUCCUCUUGGCCUAUUCUGUUGAUCCUGUUUUCUCUGCUCAUUUUGAGAUAUCUAAAGUAAUACAAGUGAGCUGUUUUGGGACCUGCAAAUUAUUUGUGCCAAGAGUACUUCAUUUGAAUAUGAUGAACAUCCAUGUUGAGUCUGCAUCAAGGAAGAUGGAAGAAUGUAGGAUUUGCCAUGAUGGGGAUGAUGAUUCUAACAUGGAGGUACCCUGUUCUUGCCGCGGAACCCUCAAGUAUGCACAUCGCAAAUGUGUACAGAGGUGGUGCAAUGAGAAGGGGGACAUCAUCUGUGAAAUUUGCCGCCAGAAUUUUAUGCCAUAUUAUACAGCACCAGCUCCUCUAUUUGGCAGAUUCCUAAUGAACAUGAGAGGAAACUGGGAUAUUUCCAUGGGCAGGGUUGAUUAUCCUCAUUUUGCUGCAUUGGUUUCUGCAGACCAUAAUUUUCUUGAUUAUGAGUCAGAUGAGUAUUCAACAUCUUAUCCAAGAAGUUUAAUAUGCUGUCGUAUUGUUGCCAUAACUUUUGUGCUUCUUCUGAUGUUGCGUACAAUGCUGCCAAUAAUCUUUGGUGUUGUUGGAGAUAAGUCGGUAACAUUGGUCAUGCUAUUAGUGUUGAAAGCUUUUGGAAUGGUAGUGGCAGUCUAUGUUUUGGUGAAAGCUUUUACUGCUGUACAACAUUGGAGGCAUCAGCAGGAUCUUCAUCAUCCACAGAUUGCCUCAUCAGAUGAAGAAAAUGAGCUGCCAUUACAACAGCAUCAGCACGCUCCAUCAAAUGAUGAGAAUGAACUACCACUACAGCCACCUCAGCCGCAUUUUAUACAUGUCCAAUGAACAUGAACCCCUGCCUAAAAAAAGACAUCAUCUCAACAACAACAUUCUUUAGACACAUUUCUAGCUUGCUUUUAUAACUUGUACUCCAUCCUACAAUACAACGGAUUCACUAUAACAAUACAAGACAAAACAGCUUGCAGAAGACUAACAAAAUAGUAUACCAUUGUUAGAUUUACAAUCGAUCCUGAAAUACGGAGUGAAUAAUUCCCACUUUCCCACAUUGUAAGAAGAGAAAACCCAAGCUAUUUUGUUACCUGUCAAGUAUUCACUCGCUUCAUUUGUUAUCUACAUGUGAAUAAUUUAUCUAACUUGC